AUGGGUAAGAAGUCGAGUGCCACUGCUAUAACCAAAAUUUCGUCGACUUCCACGUUGACCACACCUCCGACCUCGACAACCUCGGGCAAAUCGUCUCUACUAAAGUCUUCCUUCGCACCGUCCUAUCUUCAGCUUCACCUCUUCGCAUCCAUCCUGCAAUCUUUCGAGUCUCAGCAACUGCGCAUACACGACACUUCAAAUGGACGGCUUCGACAGCAGCAUUCCGUCUCAGCUGGAACGACCGUCACUUGCCUUGAUUGGGGAUGUUAUGGGACUGGAUACAGGGAGCAAAGGGCUUCCAGCAAGAAGAAGCGAAAGCGAACGCACGAGCAAAAAGAUGUUGCUGUAGCCUAUGGCACAUCGAAAUCUGAAGUAUGUAUGUUGUCCUUGUCGACAGGCGAUGUUGUAGGUACAUUGAGAGGUGGUCACGAAAGAGGAAUUCGGGAUUUCAGGUUUGUUCCCGAAGACAACUUGCAGGCAUGGAGUAUUGGAGAGGACAGCAAACUGGUUCAAUGGAAUCUUCAAAAUGAUAAAGCUAUAAGAUCAAUUUCUCUGUCCGAUGUUUCGAUACAAACACUUAGCUCGCCGACUCAGACCCCUCCUCAAAUAUUGUGCGCCUCUGGUACACCUUAUGCGAUCACCACCGACUCAGAAGAUGGCUCCUCGACGGAAGCUUUCGAUGCCUUCAAGAGUUCUAUACAUACGCUGAUAAGGUCGAAUAUGCACGCGAAAGAUAGUCAGGGCAUGUUCCUUGCAUCAGACCAGAAUCGUUAUAUCAAUGUCUACGAUCUGAAGAGCAAGAAGAUCGUGCGCACCUUGGUGGCUGGCGGCGACAUCGAAUGUGCCGAGAUUCACCAUCCGACAGCCUCCGAAGAUCAAAUGCUGGCAGUUGUGACAAGAGAUGGACUUGUUGAGAUUUUCACGAGGCCAUUUUCGUUACCACAGCCAGUCGAUGGAGGCAUAAAGACGAAGCGGAAAGCUUUGACAAGGAAAGCCGACGCUGUCGUGAAAUUGAUUAGCUCGGAAACAGACAGGAAACAAGUACCUGCAUUUACUGCAUGUUUUAAUGGACCAAACCUUGUCGUUGCAUCGAUGGAAGCAGGUGCUGUACCAGUCUUCCAGAAAGUCAGAUGGCAAGAUGAGGGCUCAGGCGAACUACUGUUCACAGGUGUCAGGGAAGUGGUCCGGCCCAGGUCCGUUUCCGCACUGAACACUGCAUCUGUCAACGGUACCAAGGAUACGAGUCAAACUCAAGUGAAUGAUUCCAGAACAGUUGUAGUCAAUGGCUCCGCUGAACCAGGUUCACAGAUAGCGCCUGUGGAGAUCGAAAGCAGCGACGAGGAAGAGAUAGACAACGAAAACGAAGAUAUCGAUGAGAAAGCUGACAUAGACUCUGCCGCUGAGUCCGAUGGUGACACUGACGCAGACAUGGAGGAUGUUAGGUCAGAGCCAGAAGAUCCAAUGUCAAAUAACGGAGAAGAGUCGGCUGAGCCUUCGUUUGGUGAUCUCUUAGCAGCAAGAAAUCCCGAGGCCAUCAUGAUCACAGACGCCCUGCAAGUUAAUGACAAAGCGUUGGCAAGAGUGCCAGAAUCAAAGACUUUGAUGUUGCCCUCGGGCAUGUCGUUAGGCACUGUACUUGCUCAGUCGCUACGCACGAACGAUCAGAGUCUACUGGAAACGUGUUUGCACGUUACAGACGAAAUGAUCAUUCAGAAUACUAUUUUACGGCUAGACUCUUCGCUUGCUGCGACCCUGCUCACAAAGCUGGCCGAGCGAUUAGCAAGUCGUCCUGGCCGUUACGGACAUCUUCUUACCUGGGUUCAGUCAACGAUGAUCGCCCAUGGUGGAGCGAUAGCCAGUCAGGCAGGAGUGGCUUCGAAGCUCAGAACGCUUUACCAAGUAUUGAAUGAGCGAUCACAAGUCUUACCAAGCAUUCUUCUACUGAAAGGCAAGCUCGAUAUGAUGAGUGCUCAACAGUCUUUCAGAGCUCAGGCCGAAGCCCAUCGAAAAGGUAUCGAGCAGGGUCCAGCAGCUAUCUACGUUGAAGGACAAACCGACAAUUGGUCUAGUGAUGAAGACCUUGAUGAGGAUGCUCCCGUAUCGAGACAGAAAUCGAAAUCGGCUCGAUCGACGAAACACCUGCAGGACCUGAUUGGUGGUCCCGAAAGUAGUGAUGACGAGGAUAUGCCUCUCACCAAUGGUCAUUUCGAAGAUAGUGACGAGCAGACUGAGGACUCUGACGCAGACGAGCCUCAGCGAAAGCAUCUGAACGGUAUCAUCGACAAUGAGGCUGUACUUUCAGGUGAAUCAGGUUCCGAAGACGAUGAGAAGACUGGCACCGAAGACAGCGAAGAUGAAGAUGACGAAGAGGAAGAGGAAGACGACGAAGAGGAGGAUUCAUCGAUGGUCGACUUCAUCAACGACGGUGAAAUAUCUCAAGAAGAAGAGAAUACCCUUCUAGACGACGAACCUGAACGACCAUUGAAGAAGAAGUCGAAACACCGAUGA